AUGGCACCCGACAUCCCCGACCACUGGCUCUGGCUCGGCCUAGGCGUCUUCACCUUCAUAGCCGUCCAACAAGUCUCUCACGGCCUGCAAAACAUGCGCACCCUAACCGCGAUCCACAACCCCCAAAACGUGCCCUCGCAACGUCGCGCCAUCCCCUCUAGCCCGCGCUCGCCCACACAUCAAGAAGACGCAAUCAAGACGUCUUCGCUGUUGACCCUCGCCACAAGCCACAACAACGAUAUUCGUGCUUCGGCCACCAAGAUCCUCUGCACACGCUUCUAUGCGUCUAAGACGGCAAAAGAUCUGUUGAUCAAGGAUUUGUAUAGUAAAGAUCAGGAGGUGGUGCAUCGCGCACAGUUGGCAUUCAACUUGCUGUGUGAUAUGGGGGUAUGGAGGGACUCGUCGCUUGCACCGCGCAUACCGAGGGGUGGGUGGCGUUUGAUGGAGAGUCGGGCGCAGGUUGGCGGGGUAGGCGCCUCUGAGCGAGAUGUGCGCCGGAGGAGGAGGGAGGCGGUGGUGAUUAGUGAUGGCGAAGGCACCAUUGCGAGUCGAGGCGUCUUCGCGAGGGAUCAAGAAGGAGAAGACAAUCAGGAUGAUGACGAAUCGCCGGGGCUGCAGUUGAACUUUAUACCGACUUUCUGA